ACGCAGAUCCUCGCAAGUGAACUGAGUGCCGCAGUUGAGCUCCUUCCACAAAAGAUGCGUGUGGUUGUAUCAAUCUUUUGGAUGGUGGCAGGGACGGCGUGGGCACUGGGGGAAAACAACUACGAUGAACAUUUUCCUCCUCUUCAGCCAUAACUGCACUCAGGGUCUCACAGAUCUUCUCUUGCUGCGCCAAGAAGUCCUGCUGAAAGAACUGAAGCAGGCCGAGCAAGUGUCUGUAGGAAUCUUGAGGGAGAUAGCGGACAUCUUGACUGACAAAAAAAAUUCCUUCACGUCUGGAGAAGUAUCCUGUCCUGGUAACUUCAGAAAAUGCGGCGACACUUGUUUGUAUCUUGCCUUAGACACCGGAGUGAGUUGGGAAGCCGCUCGAGUUUUUUGUCAAGGCCUGGGAGGAGAUUUGGCCGUGUUUCGAGACGCCAAUGAAUUCGCAGAGGCUCUCAAAUACGUCAAAAGUUCGGUCGCUGUAAAGGGAACGCCUGUGUGGGUGGGCGGAACAGACCGCAUAGAAGAGGGGGAAUGGAGGUGGGUCUCUGGGGAAGACAUGCCGAGAGGAACGCCCUUUUGGGGAGAUUAUAACUACGUACGCGAACCAGCUGAAGGCACAUCGGGGAACUGCGCCGCCCUGUAUGGCCCUGAUGGUUUCUUGAUACAUGAUGGUGUUUGUCAAAAUCCAUACAAGCCCCUCUUAUGGUUUGCAAUUUUAAGGAUAAGUCAGAUAUCGGAAGCUGAGUCUCACCCGGGCUAA